AUUUUCAUUUAAAUAAUAAACACUUGACCAAAUUUGAUGAGAGCUUGUAUGCGUUAACUUUCACGUGUCUUUCAACUUUGCUUUCACAUGUUUUGACUCCUGGUCACGCGCUAGGAAGGUUCUCGAGGGUUUACCAACUUUGACAGUUGAUUUCUUAGGGUGAUAGAGCUACGAUACCAUUUAGUUUGUGAUUGAACUAGAGCAAACUCGAGCGAGCGCUUCACUGACUUCACAAGAGCUUUGAAAUGGCGAUUUCCUUUUUAUUUGCUGUCUGUUUGGUUUGUCUUGUGUGUGUUUCUGAAAUUCACUGCAAGUUAGAUCUGCCGGGCAAUGAUGCUGAGUGGGAAAUAUGGAAGAGAAUUUAUGGCAAGAACUAUGAGAACCAGUACGUGGAGAACUAUCGUAAAGCUAUCUGGCAAUCUAACUUGGAGUUCAUCAGAGAACACAAUCAAGGCAAAAGCAAUUUCUCAUUGGGAAUGAAUCAACUCGCAGACUUGACUCCAACAGAAUAUCGUUCACUCAUGCUGGGUGCGAACUAUCCUGGCAAUAAUUCAAGGGAUAGUGGUUCUACCUUCCUACCACCCAGUGAGGUGACUCUACCUGACUCUGUGGACUGGCGCACCAAGGGAUAUGUCACGCCAGUCAAAAAUCAAGGUCAAUGUGGUUCGUGUUGGGCGUUCAGCAGCACUGGUUCACUCGAAGGACAGCAUUUCAAGAAGACAGGUAAUCUUGUGUCGCUUAGCGAGCAAAAUCUUGUCGACUGCUGCAAAACAAAUCAAGGUUGUAAAGGUGGAUGGAUGGACAACGCGUUUGACUAUAUCAAAACUAAUGGUGGUAUAGACACAGAGUCAAGCUAUCCUUACUAUGCACGAGAGUUGGGGUAUUGCUAUUUCAAGCCCUCGAACGUUGGAGCAACUGACACAGGUCACAUGGAUAUCACGAAAUACUCCGAAGCAGAUCUUCAGGUUGCCGUGGCAACGGUUGGCCCAAUCUCCGUCGCGAUCGACGCGAGUCACCAAAGCUUCCAGCUCUACCGUGAUGGCGUUUAUUACGAAUCAACCUGCAGCAGCACCCAGCUUGAUCAUGCCGUAUUGGUGGUGGGGUAUGGUACUUUGAAUGGUGAAGAUUACUGGCUGGUCAAGAACAGCUGGGGCACAGCAUGGGGCAUUGAUGGAUACAUCAUGAUGGCACGGAACUAUAACAAUCAAUGCGGGAUAGCGACAGCAGCAAGUUAUCCACUGGUUUAAUAAAAAAACAGAAAGAAUAUUUUGGAAAUAAUCUGUUUUUAUUGAUUUAGCGUUAGUCAUGUAUUCCUUUUAUCGUAAAUAUCUUGUGCCGUCGUGAUAGUGGGGGAGAAUUUCAGUUUCUUGUGCAUGUCCAAAUCGUUAUAGCUGACUUGACUGAGAAUACCUUGCUCGCAAGUUUGAGCUUAUAGAUGAUGAGGACAUGUUAAGGCAUGUUUAUGUGUUUGUUCCGUCUCUUAUGAAAAAUACAACAUAUCAUAUCAUAUUAUAUCAUAUCAUAUCAACUUUCAAAAUACAUCUUAUCAAAACAGC